CUCCUACUACCAAAGAAAAAGAUCAACAUAGGCAUUUAAUUCAAACGAAUGGUUAUUCAGUUGAAUUUCACUUUAAAAAGAAAUCUAAAAAGUCAAAGAAGAAUACUACUGCUGAUGACUUGACUCCUAUGCAUUUUACUGGUGAUGUCAAAAACAACAAUGCACUUAUCUGGGCUAUAGAUCCUCGACAAACUGAUAUUUUCACUGCUGUUGACUCUAGUACUUCUGACAAGAAGAAAAGGAUCGCUACUGCUCCUAAAGAUAACCAGACCACCGAUUUAUCUAAGAAAAGAAUUAUUGCCUUUGGUUAUGCUAAAUCUGGUAGCUCUAUGAAAGGAAAACUUUCUGCUCCUAUUAGACGGAUAACGGAUGCAAUUAAGAAAAUGUCUAAAGAAUUGAAAGGAAACACUUUUAUCUCUGUUGAUGAAUAUUUGACUUGUCAAACAUGUAACCAUUGUAAAAAUCGAAACUUAACUAAUAUUACUACAACCAAAUCAAAGCGUAAACUUCAUGCUGUACUCAAGUGUAACUCUUGCAGUAUGGUAUGAAAUCAUGACGUAAUGGCUGCUAAAAACAUAAACUACAUGUCACAACAUAAAAAUAAAAAGACCUCCUGAAUUUCAAAAAUUUUCUUAAAUGCAUGCGAUCUCUAUAACGGUUUCGCAUCCCUUACUUAACAGUAUUGUGGAAGUUAUACUACGACCAAAAUUUUCAAUUACCGAAGAGAAGUGUAACAAAAGCAGCAACAGAAAACGUCAAAGCUAAAUUUAACAAAAGAGUCACGAAGGGCUAAAUAAAAUUGAUCUGCACAUUUUUUUUUUUUUUUAAAAAA